AUGGGCAGACUCGUAUCAUAUCCACCCAACGCCCUUGAAGAGGCGCACGAGGCAGAUGUGUCUCCUAAUGGCAAAAGAGAGGUGAAAUAUCCGUUCGCCUUCAAGGAUUUGGACUGGGAGGCAUAUCAUCGUUUUCGGCCGCUUUAUCCCGACAGCAUGUUCAAUAUGUGGCUAUCCUACCAUCGGGCCCAUGGGAACGGGAUGUUCGGAUCCGCUCACGACGUCGGUGCAGGCCCAGCUCCCAUAGCCCAGCGACUUGUCCACCACUUUAACCGGGUCGUUGUAAGCGACGCUGGCAACGCGAAUCUUAUGGCCGCGAAGGAUAUGCUAUCCUCUUCUGCAUCACCGGCGGAGAAUAGGUCAACAUACACGUUCCUACACAGCCCUGCUGAGUCUAUUCACAACUCAGUAGCUCCGUCUUCGAUCGAUUUCGCGUCCGUGGCCAUGGCGUUUCACUACUUUGACGCGCCGAAGGCGAUCAAGUCCAUCGCUGUGACAUUGAAACCUGGGGCUACCUUGGCGGCAGUAACAUAUGGAUUCAAGCUGAGAUUCCCCGGCCACCCGGUUCUCGAGGAACUUUGGUACCGCGUCGCAAGUAAGGAGUCCCUGCGGCUAAUCAGGGAAGGACUCUUCCCCGCCGCGGUGAAGGGAUUAGCGGCAGCCAUGUCAGGACUUGACUUCGUCCCGCUACCAUUAGAGCUCUUCAGACCCGGCGCCAGGAGGAUGAUGGUGAAUGCGGACAAGAGCGACGAGCGGCCUCUUUACUUUGUGGACGAAGACCGGUCGUGCUGGGAGCCGGCGCCAAAUCGUAUCGGGCCAUCUGACUCCCGGGAGUUUGUCAAGGACCAGUGCUGGCGGCGAAAAGCGGACGCGUCAUGGCUGAGAGGCUUCCUGGCGAGCUCCCAGAUGGGAUUUAAGCAGCAGACGUGGGAGACGGAUGAGUGGAAAGAGUUGGAAAGUGUGGUGCUCUCUGCUGGUGGGCAGGUCAUCGUCGAGUGGCCUGUGGCGAUGAUUUUGGCGACGAGAAACGAUAAGCCUGUCAUUUGGUGA